UUCUCAGUCCGAAUUAGCAGAAUAAAGCCCCAUGACUUAUGGCAGCCUUUAACUGUUGAGAAAGUAAAGCUACAUUUUUGUCAUUUGGCACUGUAACACAGAGGUGUGAGAAGCUCCCUUUUUUAAGUGUCUCAUCAUUGUGUAAGCCAUGUUUCUUCUUUUUGCAAGAGUUCAAAGAACAAAAUGUCAAGAAGCAAUCGUACCACAGUGACAGAAUUUGUCCUCAUGGGAUUCACGGACCGUCCUGAGCUUCAACUGCCCCUCUUUGUGGUGUUCCUGGUAAUUUAUCUCAUAACCCUGGUGGGGAACCUUGGCAUGAUCCUGCUCAUCAAGGCAGAUUCACGGCUCCACACCCCCAUGUAUUAUUUCCUUAGUCACCUGGCAUUCAUUGAUCUUUGUUUCUCAUCUUCCAUUGGGCCAAAGAUGCUGCAAAAUUUACUGGUGAAGAAAAAAACCAUCUCUUUUACAGGCUGUUUUGUUCAGCUGUAUUUCUCCAGUGCUUUUGCUACUACCGAGUGCUUCCUCUUGGCCACAAUGGCCUAUGACCGCUACAUGGCUAUCUGCAACCCUCUGAUUUACACAGCCAUCAUGACACAGCGGGUUUGCAAGGAACUGGUGAUUGGGGUCUACACUUAUGGCUUCCUAAAUUCUGUUAUACAAACAGUUCUGACUUUCCAGUUGUCCUUCUGUGACUCCAAUGUCAUCCACCACUUCUACUGUGCUGACCCCCCUCUCCUUGCCCUCUCCUGCUCUGACACCCACAACAAAGAGAAGCAGCUGUUGAUUUUCUCUGCAGUGAACCUCACUGGAUCCCUCCUGACAGUCCUCGUCUCCUAUAUCUGCAUCCUCCUCUCUAUUAUAAAAAUCCAGUCUUCUGAGGGCAAGUGCAAAGCAUUUUCUACAUGUGCCUCCCACCUCACUGUUGUCAUCAUCUUCUAUGGAACACUGUUUUUCAUGUACCUGCGGCAACCCAAAGCAGAGAAUUCAUGGAAGUACAACAAAGUGGUCUCUGUAUUUUAUAGUCUUGUAAUUCCCAUGCUUAACCCUCUGAUCUAUAGCCUAAGGAACAAAGAGGUAAAGGAUACUCUGAAAAAAAUGCUGGAGGGUAAACAGUCUUAGUGAGUGAGCUACCAGAAUGCAGCCUUACUGCUACAGGAUAACCAAUCUGAUGGAAAUUUAGAAGACCAAUUGUUGUCCAAUCAAGAAGCAGACAGUUACUCCAUUUGGGAGUUUUAAUGAUUAGAAGUACAUGACUGAUUGCUCGACAUAGUAAUAUUAGUACAUUCAGUUAUCAUGGACUAACUAGAUCAUCAUCUAACUAUGAUGUCCAUAGCAUGUCUUUCAUAUGUUGCAAUGAAAUGAUUUACUACCAAUUAGAUAAUUAAAUGAACUCUAAAAAAUUUUUAAAGAUCUUAAAAAGCAGCAUUCUGGGUAAAACUAUAAAUUAAUGAAGCUGAGUACAAAACCCAUAACUGAAAAUGUGUGUUAUUAGAAACAUUCUCCAGGUUGAAAUAGAUACUGUAGCAAGUCAUUUGUUAAUCUUACAAUGUAUUUCUUUAUGACACAUUACUAUAGAUGUUGUUGAAAUUUUAAGGCGG